AUGAGUCACCACAUCCUGCACGCCGUGUCCUCGGGCGCCCAGACGUCGCGCGUCCCCAUCAAGCGCGCGCUGCUGUCCGUCUCGGACAAAAGCGGCCUCGUCGAGCUCGCCACGUACCUCUCGCAACACGGCGUCGAGCUGCUCUCGACCGGCGGGACGGCCAAAGCGCUGCGGGACGCGCAGCUGCCGGUGGUCGACGUCGCCGCCUACACGCAGUCGCCCGAGAUCCUCGACGGCCGUGUCAAGACGCUCCACCCCAAGAUCCACGGAGGGCUACUGGCGGUGCGCGGCAACGCGCAGCACGAGGCCGAGAUGGCGGCCAAUGGCAUUGCGCCCAUUGACCUCGUCGUCCUCAACCUCUACGCGUUCGAAGCCGCUGUCGCCACUGGCUGCGCGUUCGACGUGUGCAUUGAGAACAUUGACAUUGGCGGCCCGUCGAUGCUGCGGUCGUCGGCCAAGAACCACAAGGCGGUCGUCGUUUGCUCGAGUCCCGCGCAGUACCCCGCGCUGAUUCAGGAGCUCGAGCGCCACACCGACCAGCACGCGAUGAGCACGUCGCUCGAGUUCCGUCGACGCUGUGCGGCCGCCGCGUUCUCCUUGGCUGCGUCCUACGACUCGUCGAUCUCGUCGUGGCUCAAUGGCGAGCUCGGGAGUGCAGCCCCCAGCGUCACGCGCGUGUACACGCACGAGCUCGCGCUCAAGUACGGCUGCAAUCCGCACCAGCAGCCAGCAGCGAUCCUCAGUCGAGUCGGCAGCACACUGCCGUUCACCGUGCGCAACGGCGCGCCCGGCUACAUCAACCUCCUCGACGCUGCCAACGCGUACCAGCUGGUGCGGGAGCUGCGGCUGUCGCUGGAUUUGCCGGCGGCUGCUUCGUUCAAGCACGUGAGUCCUGCUGGCGCAGCGGUAGCAGUGGAUCUGGACGAAACGCUGCACGCUGCCUACGAGGUGGGCAAUGUGACGCUCACGCCGCUGUCGCUCGCCUACUUGCGUGCUCGCAACGCAGACCCACUGUCGUCGUUUGGUGACUUUGUUGCUGUGAGUGACGUGGUCGACGAAGCCACUGCAAAGAUCCUCAAGCGGGAGGUGAGCGACGGCAUCAUUGCCCCUGGCUACGAGCCAGCAGCGUUUGAGAUCCUCAAGGCCAAGAAAGGUGGCAAGUUUAUCAUCUUGGAGGCCGACGCUACGUUUGCUCUACCAGAGGUGGAGUACCGGGAAGUCGCUGGCAUUACGUUUGCCCAGAAACGCAACGACGUGCUCUUCUCGGCUGACAAACACCUCGUGGACGUGCAGACAUUGGGCGCAGGUCCAUUGACUGACGCCAAGAAGCGCGACUUGGUGCUUGCAGCCAUUACACUCAAGUAUACGCAGUCCAACUCGGUUGGCUACGCCAAAGAUGGGCAGAUGAUUGGAGUCGGUGCUGGUCAGCAGUCGCGCGUUGACUGCGUGAAGCUUGCAGGCCGCAAGGUUGCGAUCUGGCACCUUCGUCAGCACCCGAAGGUGCAAAGUCUGUCUUUCAAGAGCAGCGUCAAGCGUCAAGAGCGUGUGAAUGCGCGAGUGCGCUACAUUGAAGGGGACAUGGCGCCUGCGGAGCUCGAGACGUUCAAUGCUCUUUUCGAGCGUGUUCCCGAGCCACUCACGGCUGGUGAAAAGCAGGAGUUCCUCGAGCACCUGACGGAUGUGAGUCUAGCGUCGGACGCUUUCUUCCCGUUCCGUGACUCGAUUGACCAUGCGACGAAGCUCGGCGUCAAGUACAUCACUCAACCGGGUGGGAGUACCCGUGACGGGGAUGUCAAGGCCGCCUGCGAGGAGUUUGGGAUUACUAUGGCGUUUUCAAACCUUCGGCUGUUCCACCAUUAG